AUGCUCUACAACUCCGCUGUGUUUCAGUCAUCAAGCUCGUUCGACUACACAAUUGCUGUCGUCAAGGACUCAUUUUUCAACGACACCACUUGGAGCGUAUCAUCGGCCGAAGAGCGGGCCCGGCGAGACUGGUCAUUUGUGGAAGACAACCGAAUCAACCCGCCAAACAACUACACCGACGUCAUCGGGACCAUGCGCGAGGACGCCAACGACGCCGAUUCAGCAUACAUGCGGCUCAAUGUGUCGGCUUGCUUCGAUUAUUACAGCCAUUACUUCAGGCCGCAAGGAAAUGGCUUCGUCUUCGUCAAGAACCAGAGCGUCCAGGAUCCACCCACUGAUAGCCUGCUUCUGUACGUCUCUGUCAUCCCAAGACACGACGACUGGGCAAAGAACCUGUGGGCUUUGACUAACGGUACUUUCCCCCCUCCGGCAAUGAUCUUGACAUCGCCACCCUCGCUGGUGACCAAGUGGUUCGUCGGAAAGCCAAGGUACGAAGUUGAUCACUGCCUGGUGCAACGGCCUCCGUGGUCCGAGAAGCGCUGCCAGCUGGAGUACUCUCCUUGGAUUCUGUGGACGUGCUGUGCUUCAAACCUUGUCAAGGUGCUGGUCAUGCUUAGUAUAUGGCUUGCUGCUCGGAAAGCCGCGGCCAAGAACGGCAGCAGACCCAGUGCUUCCCAAGAACAGCAGCCGCUUUGUACGCUUGGGGAUUCCAUCGCGUCGUUCAUGAGAGAGCCGGAUCACACGACGAAAGCCUUACCGAUUCCAAGCCUCAAACGCCGUGAUAUCAGCACAUCAUUGUCCUCCUACUGGUCCAUGGGCCUCGGCGAGCUUCAGGACUACACCUUCAUCUACACCUCCUUCCCGAGGGAGGACCCCUGGGGACUCAUCUCUAACGUGAUCUUGGCCAACGUCCCGCAGCUGAUGGCAUCCACGUUCUAUCUCCUUUACAAUGGCAUAUUAACCACGUUCUUGGUCCAAUUUGAGUUCAGCAACAUGUACAAGACGCGCAAGUCGCUGCGGGUGUCUGAGCCGGUCGACACGCAGCGGUCGAGCUACCCCAUCUCCCUGCCGUUUCGCUAUGGCAUUCCCUUGUUCAUCUCGUCGGGUAUCAUGAGCUGGCUGCUCUCUCAGAGCCUGUUCCUUGCGCGGAUCACAGCCCUCCACCCGGACGGCACGCCCGAUCGUAUCAACUCCUUUUCUACAACCGGCUACAGCCCAAUGGCAAUAUUCUUUGCUCUGAUCCUUGCGCUGACCCAGAUCAUCGCUGUCCUUGUUCUUGGUUUCCGACAGUACGCUGAGCCAAUGAGCCUGGUCUCCACCAACAGCCGUGCAAUCAGCGCCGCAUGCCAUGUGCUCCCUGAGGAAGUGAAAGACAGUUAUUUGCUGCCGAUAAGGUGGGCUGUUGUCGAGGUAGAUGAGUUUGCGAUUCGUCACUGUGCGUUCACAUCGAAGUCAGAUGACGAGUAA